CUAGGCUGCCAGAGGAAAGAGCCACCUGCUUCGGAGCGGUCGCGAUUGGCGCCUCGCUCGCUCCUUCCUUCCUUCGUGCCUCCCUCCUCGGUGGCAGAAGCUGCGAGCGGCCGCUUCCCCUGAAGCCGCCAACUUCUGCUUCUACUCCCGCUCUCCCCCUUUUCACUGGACCCCGUUGGCCGGAAAGUUGCGAACCCUCCGCUGUGGUUCUUCAUCGGAGAAGAAAGCCGCCGCCGCCGCUCUCUGGAGGGGUGGGGGGGAGGGAAAAAAAAGCCCGCGCCCUCGUCCUUCGUUUCUCCCAUCGGGAGGAGCAGCGGCCGAAGUCGCCGUUUGCCUGGCGGGGAGGCGGAAUGGAGGUGCCCUCCGCCGUCGCCUCCUGCUUUCCUUGCCGGCUGCAACGGCAAACGCCGCUCUUCUUUCUCCUGGCGCUGCUGCUUUCUGCCCUUUCCCUGCGGCCAGGACUUGGAUUAUAUACAGUAAACACAGUAUAUGGAGAUACCAUUGUUUUGCCUUGCCAUUUAGAAGUUCCUAAUGGUCUUUUGUUUGCAAAAUGGAAAUAUGAAAUUGCAAACAAGGCUUCAGAGUCUAUUGCUUUGCGAUCUGCAAAAAAGCCAAGUGCACAAUAUGACAAUGUACCAGAAUACAAAGACAGAAUAAAUCUUUCUGAAAAUUAUACCCUGUCCAUUAAUAAUGCAAGAAUUGGAGAUGAAAAGAAAUUUGUAUGCAUGCUUGUAACUGAAGACAAUGUCUUUGAACAGGCUACACUCGUCAAAGUUUUCAAGCAGCCAUCAGAACCUGAAAUUGUAAAUCAAGCAGAAUUUCUAGAAACAGAAGAGCUGAAACUGCUUGGAGAAUGUAUUACAAGAGAUGGUUAUCCUGCAGGAAACAUAACAUGGUUUAAGAAUGGAGCUAUUUUGCAGCAUGCCGAAGAAGCUGUUAUCAUAGAUGAACAAACGGAUGCAGAUAAAGCCAAUGGACUCUAUACCAUCAAAUCUUCCCUAAAAUAUAAACCUACAAAGGAUGACACUGGUGCACAGUUCACUUGCACAGUGACAUAUUUUGGACCAUCUGGACCAGAGAUAAUACGAUCAGAAUCAGCAGUCCCUGACAUUUACUAUCCCACAGAAAAGGUUCAGAUUGAAAUUCUUUCGCAAAGAAAAACAAUUAAGGAAAGUGAUAACAUUACCCUGAAAUGUUCAGGAAAUGGUAAUCCUCCACCUCAGGAGUUCUUAUUUUUCAUCCCUGGAGAGCCUGGACCAAUUCGAAGUUCCAGUUUUUAUCCAUUGACUGAUGUAAGAAGAAAUGCAACAGGUGAAUACAGAUGUUCUCUGACUGAUGAAAGUUUGAUAGAUUCCACAACAGUUACGGUACAUUAUUUGGAUUUGUCACUUACUCCCAGUGGAGAAGUUAUUAAACAGAUUGGAGAAGCAUUGCCUGUAUCUUGUACAAUUUCUUCCAGUAGAAAUGCUACUGUGUUCUGGCUGAAGGAUAAUAACAGAAUGAGGUCAAGUCCUUCUUUUUCAAGUUUGCAGUAUCAAGAUGCGGGAAAUUACAUCUGUGAAACAACUCUACAAGAAGUUGAAGGCUUAAAGAAAAGUCAAAUUCUGACACUGAUAGUACAAGGAAAGCCUCAGAUCAAAAUGUCAAAGAGAACCAGCCCAGAUGGAACUUAUAAAACUAUAGCCUGUCAUGUCGAAGGAUUUCCCAAACCUGCAGUACAGUGGACUAGCAGUGGAGGUGUCAUAAAUAAAGCAAAAGAGACUAAAUAUAUCAAUGGAAAAUUUAUUAGUAAAAUCAAAAUUGCUCCUGAAGAGAAUAUUACAUUAACCUGCAUUGCUGAAAAUCUACUAGAAAGAGCUGUCACCUCUUUGAACGUAUCUGCUAUAAAUAUUCCAGAAUCUGAUGAACCAGAAGAAAAAAGUGAUGAUAAUAGGGAAAAUGUUAAUGAUCAGGCAAAAUUGAUAGUGGGAAUCGUGGUUGGUCUUCUUCUAGCAGCAACGGUUGCAGGUGUUGCUUAUUGGCUAUGCAUGAAGAAAUCAAAAUCAGCUUCAAAACAUGUAGCUAAAGAUCUUGGAAAUAUAGAAGAAAAUAAAAAGUUAGAAGAAAACAAUCAUAAAUUGGAAGCUUGAAACACCAAACUAUUUGGUUGCCAUUCCAG